CCCGUCGCGGAGCUCGUCAGCUGUCAGCUACGGACUGGAGAACCAAAACAAACCCCUUGCUCCUCUCGCGUCCUCUCUCUACCAUGUUGAAGGAGAAGAAGGCGACCACCCCGGAACUAGACUGAGUGUGUGCGGACUUUCUGACCGGUUUGCGUCGGGUUUUGGAAGGAGGGAUGCCGGUGGAGAGCGGGAGCAGCGCCGCCGCCCGCCAGGCCAAGCAGAAGAGGAAGUCCCACAGCCUGUCCAUCCGCAGGACCAACAGCACCGAGCAGGAGCGCUUCGGCCUGCAGAGAGACAUGCUGGAGGGACAGUCCUCUGAUAAGCUGGACUCCCUCAGCAGAAUGGAGGACUCCAAGCUGCCCCUGUCUAUGAGGAGCAACCUGCUGGACCUGUUCAGUCAGAUCGAGAGGGAGUUUGAAAACCUGUACAUCGAAAACCUGGAACUGCGCAGAGAAAUGGAAACGCUGAACGACCGCUUGGCCGCGGACGGGCAGACCUUGGAAGGGGCCGAUUUAGCCAAAGGAGCCCUGAAGACAAAAGCGAGUCACAGCACGAGCCAGCUGUCACAAAAACUAAAGACGACCUACAAGGCUUCAACAAGCAAGAUCGUGUCCAGUUUCAAAGCGACCACGUCCAGAGCCGUGUGCCAGCUGGUCCGGGAGUAUGUCGGCCACAGAGACGGCAUCUGGGACCUCAGCGUCUCCAGGACUCAACCUGUGGUGCUCGGCACCGCGUCUGCAGACCACUCUGCGAUGCUGUGGAGCAUUGAGACGGGAAAGUGCCUCCUCAAAUACGUGGGCCAUCAGGGAUCAGUCAACUCCAUCAAGUUCCACCCGACUGAACAGAUGGCUCUGACGGCCUCUGGAGACCAGACGGCUCACAUCUGGAGAUACAUGGUGCAGCUGCCGACUCCUCAGCCGGUGGCUGAUGUCAGCCAGACGCCCUGCGAAGACGACGUGGAAUUCUCGGACAAGGACGAGGCCGACGGCGAGGUCGAGGGUCCAAACGACUGCCCCUCUGUCCGCUUGGCCACCACGACUCUGCGCAGCCAUCAGGGCGUGGUGAUCGCCGCCGACUGGCUGUUGGGGGGCAAACAGGUGGUGACGGCGUCCUGGGACCGAGCCGCCAACCUGUACGACGUGGAGACGUCGGAGCUGGUCCACUCGCUCACCGGCCAUGACCAGGAGCUGACUCACUGCUGCACACACCCAACCCAGCGUCUGGUGGUGACCUCGUCCAGAGACACCACCUUCAGACUGUGGGACUUCAGAGACCCGUCCAUCCACUCCGUCAACGUGUUCCAGGGACACACCGACACGGUGACGUCCGCCGUGUUCACGGUGGGCGACAACGUGGUGUCGGGCAGCGACGAUCGCACCGUCAAAGUGUGGGACCUGAAGAACAUGAGGUCGCCCAUCGCAACCAUCCGCACCGACUCCGCUGUCAACAGGAUCAGCGUGUCGGUGACCCAGAAGGUCAUCGCUCUUCCUCACGACAAUCGGCAGGUCCGGCUGUUCGACAUGUCCGGGGUGCGGCUGGCUCGACUCCCACGAAGCAACAGACAGGGUCACCGGCGGAUGGUGUGCUGCUCCGCCUGGUGUGAAGACAACGCCACCUGCAACCUGUUCACCUGCGGCUUCGACCGGCAGGCCAUCGGCUGGAACAUCAACAUCCCCGCCCUGCUGCAGGAGAAAUGACCUCCGCCUCCCACCGCCGCCGCCGCCGCUGCCUCGCGCUGAAACUCCACCCAAAGUCUGUCCAACGCUCUCAUCCUGCAGGCUUCAAAGGUGGCUUUAAAAAAAAUAAUAGUUUUUUGUUCCCGACACAAUGAGUCAACGAAAGAGGAAAUUACAGACUUAACAGAGUCUACAGGCGGUCAGUAUUUAAAACGUGAUGACUGAGGUCUGAUAUUAAAGAUUCACCAUUCCAGACCAAACCGGAACAAUGCUGUUGAAAGAAGGAAAUUAAUUAUUCCUGUUGGAUUUAAAACCACAAAAUCUCAAUUUACUCCAACCAGAGAGGUGGGGACUUCCUUUUAAAGGAAGCUACAUGCGACGCUUUUAUUGUGUCAUUUGCAGAACUGUAUUGAGUCCGCAUGGACCAAAAAACACCAAAAUAUAAAAUACUAAAUUACUCUUAUAAACCUCUCUUGCAUGCUUUUUGAGACUCAUGUAGCCAAUUUAUAUAAAACAACAAGAAAAUUAAACAACCGCUCACACCUUUUGAUUAUCUGUACACCAACAUAUAAAUAUGGCUGCUAUAAUAAUAAUAAUAAUUAUAAUAAUAAUAAUAAUAAAUAAUGUUGUUGCAAUAUGGCCUCCAGCCACCAGAGGCAGCAUGCAAUCAGUGAGCGAGGGAUAAAUCCCAUCUGAUUUUUUUUUUUUUCUUUUCUUUUUUUUUUUUUUUUCAAAUAAGAUUUGGAUUAAAUGCAGAUUGUACUUUCGGGAACCUUCUUCAACAGAUUUAAGAAAAAACACCCGAUGACGUGAUGUCAGAGUUCCGUUCGGUCGCCGUCCAGCGUUCCUGGUCCCAGCGUUAUGGUUUCUCUCCGUUGUGGAUGAUGGGGUUUCCUCCCAGCACUGGCCCUGGUGUGGUCUCUCUUUAGGAUUUGUUUGUGUUACAACCUCCUCUCCUGAAACUGGCUGUGACUCGUCCAGCGUUGGCCCCAGUUUUCCUCCACCAUGAUGUUAUUGGCCUCUUUGCUCCCAGUCUGACCGCUUCUGCUUCUGUAAAGCCACGAGCCGGCCGCUGUGUGUCGCCUUCCUGCCCUGUUGGCGGUUUUAUUGUUAGAGGCUGAUUUUUUUUUUUAAAUGUGUAGACGUUGUUCCUGCUAAGUGUUCGGGGAGGAAAGGCGGUGUCGCUGUAAUGAAAUCUUUAGUCUCUUAAGAGCAACACCUGUUGAAAUGGUUCUAUGGCAGGGCUGGGUAGCGAGACAUAAUACCAUUACUAUAAUGCGUUUAAUACUAUUUAUGUAUACUGCGUUUAAUACUAUUUAUGGUGUUGUUCCACAAAAUGUCAAACUAGUGGCACAAUAAUUAUUGAAAUAAAAAGCUGCUGACAUAUACCGUGUCUAUUAACACAUAUAAGUCUAUUAACGCGGAGAUAUCUCUUGGUACUAAAACCAUCAUGGGACCAAACUCCCACAGUGUUAAAGUAUGAGAAAGUACGACAGAGCGAGUUCUCAUUUAUCAUCUCUAGCAAUCAAAUUUCGUUCAAUCCAAGAAGUGAUUAAUUUAAAAACUGGCAUCAAAUCGUAGAUAUUUAUUAACGGAUGUUCCUCGGCUGCCCAGCCCCGCUGUCGUACCAACACUUGACAUGAUUGUAAAAAAAAAAUUUUCUAGUUUGUCGCAGAGCCCUUUAGUCUUCUGGUGUUGAAACACUUUUGUGGGGUUUCUGUCAGCGUCAUAUUUGUUCUGGUACUUUAAAACUAGUGAAAUCUCUUGAGGAUUGUCGUGACGCGUUUUGCCGUCGGCUGCUUUGCUUUCCCACUGCCACUAAAACAGCCAAAGCUGUGCGCGCGUGUGUGUGUGUGUGUGUGUGUGUGUGUGUGUGUAUAUGUGUAUGUCUGUGUGCGUUCACUUUACAGCUGCCUUUUUUGCAGUGUUUUAACCCAGUGAAAUGUGUUUCAGUACAAUAAAAAAACUCUUAGAUUUAUCAUAUUUGUUGAAGUAAAUAUUGUGAAAAAACGGCACCAUGACAUUGAAGAUCAAAUAAAUGGAAACAUGUCCAAUAACAAACUAAAGUGAUGACUUGUCAAAAGGCAAAUGUCAACCUGCUCUUACUUUAAAACCAUAACAUUUGUAUCGUGUACAUUGUAAUAUAUACAAAGAGCAGGUUUCAGCUGCAGCUGUUUUUUUAAUUUUUUUUAUUAGCCUUUAUAAGUUGUUGACAAUGUCUUGCAUUUCAUUUGUUUUUGUGUAAAUUACAGAUGUUUUCCGAUACCAUUUCUUGUUCAGCUUCGUGUCGAUACCGAGAACCGAUCCGAUACCGGUGCGUUGGCAGGAUUUAUUCAGUGUUAAAAAAAACAACCAUUGCCGAUGUGACCGCUAACCGGAUAUCGGAUCGGUGGCAUACUCGCCGACACAUUUUCGAUGCUGGUGUCGGAAACAACUUUAGUGUAAAUCCAUUUUUACUGCUUCAUGUUCUUUUUGUAAUUUUAGACCAGAAUGAAGUCCAACCAUUUCGCAUCUGGUUAGAAAUUAGCCUAAUGAAAGUCAGCAGCAGACUAAACUUGCAUAAAAACUAUAUAUUUUUUUUUGUAUUGUACAUUGUUUAUUUGUGUGUAGCUGUUAUUUAUGUUAGUUUCCAGGUUUUUCCUCAUUGCAGAUUGCAGGAAUACCUUUUUGUUCAAGAGUUCAUCAACGAUCUACUGCAUAUUUAUAUUCUCUGCAUUCACUCCAAUGAGCAUAUAUUAAAAACAUGUUUGCGUUUCCCUAAAUCCAUUCUACAGAAGGAAUUGUUUAAGUCGCUUUAACCUACAAAAUAUUUUGUUUGUGUGACGUUUCACUGCAUUUUCUCCGCACGUUCAUAAUACUGUUAACAAUGUUCUCGCUCACGAUGAAACGCAUCGUCACUGAACUCCAUCUCAAACACUCCGUCGUAAAAAGCCUUGUUAAGCUGUGUUUACGGUGUUUUCGUGAUCAACGUGGUUCGAUGUAGAACGACAGAACGCCACAGGUUGUCAGAAGAAGGAAAAACAAACGCAACCUGUUGGAUCGACAUGACAGACAUUCUGUGGGUUGAAGCUGUGUUAUGAGGAUCAAGCGUCUGCUUGUGGAAUCAAAAUAAACCAUUUGUGCUGUUUGAACGUUUA